AUGGCUGGCAACAACAACUACACCAACGUCCCAAACCCUGAUCCCUUCCACCUGCAACAGAUCAUCGAGGGUUCCACCCCCGAGGGGACGAAUCGACAUCGGCGGGAGGGACAGCAGCAUGCCGCUGACGGGCAAAAGGGACAGAGGCAUGAAGCCUCGCAACCCAGCAGAAGGCAGCAACUUCAGACCGUCGAGCAUGUUCAAAACGGUGGUAACGAGCAGCCUCAACCCCAGAAUGGACCAGAGCAGACUCAGAACCUGAACGAAACUGACGCCAGAGACGGGCAGGUUGCCUCUUCAUUCACCCAUACCUCUGAAAGGCGAAGAGUCCACCACGAAGACGACCAAGAGCGCGUCGAUAUCCCCGAAGACGCUGACCCCACUACCGUCCUCCUGGUCAAAGAAUUGCAGAAGACAAACCGUCUCAUCCAGCUUCAAGGUGACCGCAUUCACGAGCUAGAAAGGAAGGGACAAUAUCGCUCCCCCUCGCGGAGAUACUACCAAUCGCGCUCCUAUUCUUCCUCACGCUCACCACCGAGGAGGCAUCGUCGGCGUUCCCCUUCGUCUUCGCGCUCCCCGCCUAAAAGACAUCAUCGCCAGAGAUCAUAUUCCCGCUCUCCACCACGAAAGAGCAGAAAGAAUCAGAGACCUGAGACCACUGAAACUGGAAGCCUCUCCCCCGAACGAGAUCACCGAGGCCCUUCCAAAGCUGUGCUGAAACCCCGCGAGCGUUCCCCUCCCCGGGACAACCGCACAAGUCCGGGCAGAGCCCAAGUGAAGUCCCGGCGAGGCAGACACUCGACCUCCCCGGGACCAAGUGACGAAGAAGACUUCCGCAGCCCUUUGUCCGAAAGCAUCCAAUGA